AUCAUUUCUUGAGCCUCUGGGGCAUGCGAAGAAGAAAACAAUAAGAAAUAAGGGAUUCGAGACAUUUACAAGGAGACGGAAAGGAAGAACCUGCAGUUGGGGUCAAACUAGAGCAUCCUCUGAACCUGUCGGGGCCUGGGGGCUCUCAAGGCAUGGCCAGACACUCCAUCCUGUAUUUCAUCCUGCUGAGUGCUCUGAUUGACAAGAGCCAGGCCUGUUUCUGUGAUCAUUACCCAUGGACUCAGUGGUCUAGCUGCUCAAAGACCUGCAAUUCUGGAACCCAGAGCAGAUGGAGACAAAUAGUAAUAGAUCAGUACUAUCUGGAUAACUCUUGUGACCAGCUUUGCACCAAGCAGGAGACCAGAGAAUGUAACUGGCAAACUUGUCCUAUCAACUGCCUCCUGGGAGAUUACGGACCUUGGUCAGAUUGUGAUCCUUGUGUUGAAAAACAGUUUAAGGUUAGAUCCAUUUUGCAGCCCAGUCAGUUUGGGGGACAACCAUGUUCGGAGCCCCUGAUGACCUUUCGACCAUGCAUUCCGUCCAAGCUCUGCAAAAUCGAAGAGAUUGACUGCAAGAAUAAAUUCCGCUGUGACAGUGGCCGCUGCAUUGCCAGCAAGUUAGAAUGCAAUGGAGAAAAUGACUGUGGAGACAACUCAGAUGAAAGGAAUUGUGGGAGAAAAAAAGCAGUAUGCUCACGGAAGUAUGAUCCCAUCCCUAGUGUCCAGUUGAUGGGCACUGGGUUUCAUUUUCUGGCAGGAGAGCCCAGAGGAGAAGUCCUUGCUAACUCUUUCACUGGAGGAAUAUGUAAAACUGUCAAAAGCAGUAAAGCAAGUAAUCCAUACCGUGUUCCGGCCAAUCUGGAAAGUGUCAACUUUGAGGUACAAACUAAAGAAGAUGAUUUGGAAACAGAUUUCUACAAGGAUUUAAUUCCCUUUGGAAAGAAUGAAAAUCAACAAGCCUCAGCUUCGGGCGUAGGGAGCAGCAAUUUUCAUUUCCCUGUUUUUUAUUCCUCAAAAAGAAGUGAAAGCUCUACCCAUAGCUCUGCCUUCAAACAAGCGAUUCAAGCCUCCCACAAAAAGGAUUCGAGUUUUAUUAGGAUCCAUAAAGUGAUAAAAGUCUUAAACUUCACAGUGAAAACUAAAGAUCUGCAGCUUUCUGAUGUCUUUUUGAAAGCACUUAACCAUCUGCCUCUAGAGUACAACUCUGCUUUGUAUAGCCGAAUAUUUGAUGACUUCGGGACUCACUAUUUCAUCUCCGGCUCCCUGGGCGGCGCGUAUGACCUCCUCUAUCAGUACAGCAGCGAGGAACUGAGGAACUCAGGUCUAACAGAGGAAGAGGUCCAACACUGUAUCCGGAUUGAAACAAAGAAACGUUUUCUUUUUGUUAAGAAAACAAAAGUGGAACACCGGUGCACCACGAACAAGCUGUCAGAGAAAUAUGAAGGUUCGCUUUUGCAGGGAGCUGAGAAAUCCAUAUCCCUGGUUCGAGGCGGGAGGAGUCAGUAUGCAGCAGCUUUGGUGUGGGAGAAAGGGAGCUCUGGGCCCGAGGAGAAAGUGUUUUCUGAGUGGUUAGAAUCAGUGAAGGAAAAUCCUGCUGUGAUUGACUUUGAGCUUGCUCCCAUCACGGACUUGGUAAGAAACAUCCCCUGUGCGGUGACAAGACGGAACAACCUCAGGAAAGCUUUUCGAGAAUAUGCAGCCAGGUUUGACCCUUGCCAGUGUGCUCCAUGCCCUAAUAAUGGCCGCCCCACGCUCUCGGGGACCGAAUGUCUAUGUGUGUGCCAGAGCGGCACAUAUGGCGAGAACUGCGAGAGACGCUCCCCGGAUUAUAAAUCUACUGCGGUGGAUGGGUACUGGGGUUGUUGGUCUUCCUGGAGCCCGUGCGAUGCUACUUAUAAGAGAUCAAGGACCCGACAGUGCAACAACCCUGCCCCGCAGCAAGGAGGGAAGCCCUGUGAGGGGGAGAGGCGGCAAGAGGAGCGCUGCACAUUUUCAAUAAUGGAGAACACUGGACAACCAUGUAUCAGUGAUGAUGAAGACGUGAAGGAAAUAGACCUUCCUGAGAUAGAGUCCGAUUCAGGGUGUCCUCAGCCAGUUCCUCCAGAAAAUGGAUUUAUCCGGAAUGAAAAGAAACUGUACUCAGUUGGGGAAGAAGUUGAAAUUUCAUGCCUUACUGGGUUCCAAACUGUUGGAUACCAGUACUUCAGAUGCUUACCAGACAGGACCUGGAGGCAAGGAGAUGUGGAAUGCCAACGGACGGGGUGCCUCAAGCCAGUCGUGCAGGAAGUCCUGACAGUCUCGCCAUUUCAGAGAUUAUAUAAAAUUGGUGAAUCCAUUGAGCUAACCUGCCCUAAAGGCUUUGUUGUUGCUGGGCCGUCAAGGUACACAUGCAGUGGGGAUUCCUGGACGCCACCCAUUUCAGACUCACUCACCUGUGAAAAAGAUAUUCUGACAAAAUUAAAGGGCCGUUGUCAGCCAGGGCAAAAACAGUUGGGAUCUGAAUGUGUUUGCAUGUCUCCAGAAGAAGAUUGUAGCCAUUAUUCAGAAGAUCUCUGUGUGUUUGAUACAGACUCCGAUCAUUACUUUACUUCACCCACUUGUAAGUUUUUGGCCAAGAAAUGUUUAAAUUAUCAGCAACUCCAUUUUCUACAUGUUGGUUCCUGCCAAGAUGGUCCACAGCUGCAAUGGGGUCUUGAAAGGACAAAACUUUCAUCCAAUAGCACAAAGAAAGAAUCCUGUGGCUACGACACCUGUUACGACUGGGAAAAAUGUUCAGCCCCCACUUCCAAAUGUGUCUGCCUACUACCGCCCCAGUGCUUCAAGGGUGGACACCAACUCUACUGUGUCAAAAUGGGAUCAUCAACCAGUAAGAAAACAGUGAACAUCUGUGAAAUAGGAGCUGUAAGAUGUGCCAACAGAAAAGUGGAAAUACUGCAUCCUGGGAGGUGUUUGGUCUAACACAAUUACUGAUAAACAGAUUUACCAUCCAAAAAUAAUCCCUACAAAAGGGCAUUCUUGUACAAACAACAGACUGGCAGGCCUAGAAGUUACUGACAAAUUCUCUUGUGUUAGUUUCAUGUAAUUAUUCUCCCCUACCUCUCCUGUCUUAGCCUCCUCUAUCCAGUUCCAGCAUAUGACCCCCUGUAGCACACUCCUAGGUAAUAACUUUCACGUCAAUCUAGCAAAUUCCUCUGUUCAGGUUGCACUAAAAUGAUGGAACUUCCAAGGACUUUAUGAAGCCUGCAGUAUUAAGCAUCCUCACAAGUAGAAAUAGGAACAAAAACCAUAAUUUCCUUCAGCGAAUUAGUAAACACGGAAAUCUACAACAACUUGUAAAACACAUUCUUGAAACUGAACUUUCAUGCAUUCAUUCAGCAAAUAAUUCGGAAUGUCUAUAAUGGGCCAAGUACUGUUUCAGGUGCUGGGGAGUCAGCAGUGAACAAAACAGACAAAAGCCCUCAUGAAGCUCACGUUCACGUGGAAGAAGAUCUACAAAAAAUAAAACAGGCAGGUAAAAUAUAUAGUAGGUUUGAUGGUGAUAAUUGUAUGGAAAAAUAAUGCAGGGAAGGGUGAAUCCUAUCCUUAAGCCUUAUCUCAUGCAAGCAAAUAUUCCAUAGUAAUAAGCAUCACAUUAAGGAUGAUUGCACUCAAGUGGAAAUUACCCUGUUUAAAGUAGUUAAGAAUAAACUUCUGGAAUUCCAUUUUCUUAGCAAGGAGAAAAAAGAUUCAGCUUGUAAGCUGAAGUGUGUGAUGGAUGGAAAAUCAUAAGAUAAUUUUGAAGGAAUAAUUUUUAAAGCAGUCAGAUCUUUCGUAUUAGGCCAUGUCAAGUAGACGCCCAUAUUGUUGUUUUGGAUUGGAGAAGAGAAGAUUCUUUGAAAGAGCAGUUCUCAAAUAUUAGUGUGCUCGGAAUCACCUGAAGCUCUUGUUAAUACACAUCCCUGUGACUGACCCCCAGUUUCUGGUUCAGUAGGUCUGGGGUGGAGCCUGAGAAUUUGUGUUUCUAACAACUUUCCAGGUAGUACUGCUGAUGAUCAUGAGGGGAUCACAUUUGAGAAUACUUAGUUUAGAAAUCGAGUCAUCAACCAGCUAAUCCUGAUUACUAAUUGAUCUCAAAACCUUAGCCAGCCAAUGUCUAAGCAGGUGAGUGGAAACGCAUUCCCUUCCUCUAAAACUCAUUGGGAUUCCCACCUCGUGGAAGGGGGCUAUGAACUACAGCUCCCUGGUGGCACCCACGCUAGACUGUUUUACAUUUGGAUUCCCACCUCGUGAAAGGGGGCUGUGAACUACAGCUCCCGGGUGGCACCCACACUAGACUGUUUUACAGGAAAUGCAGCUCCUCUUCGAUCUCGUUAAUCAAAGGAUGUUAGCAAAAUCUAAAACAUCUUGUAAUAUCAAAGGAGAAGAAUGAGAAAGGAAAAAGCCUAGAAACAGAAAACAUAUUUUCCUGGUAUAACAGCAACUGAGUGGGAAGUUUUCUUUUUCUAGGAGUCUGUAACCUAUCUUUUUCCCAGGGAAGUCACUCCACUCCCUCCUCACUACAGGAGUGGUACAGACCACACUUUUAAGCCUCAAGCCUUUGGCACUCCCAAGACCCCAGAUGGAGGGCAAAGAGGAAUUAAAUACUCUCACAUCCUAAGGAAAGCCACUAACAACUGAUUCAAGGAACUUUCCUCAGAACUGCUGUACCCAACUCUCACACCAGCCCCACACCUCUCCAGGCUAUACAGCAGGACUAUGGGCAGAGGGAGGGGAGCCAUGGGGAUCUGCAGCCACAUGAAUGCAGUGCUCAUAGUGAAAGUCCUCCUCCUCUCCUGUGCUUUUCCUCCCGUUGGUGAAGAGGAGGAUGAUGCUGAAAGUACCCACUGAAGCUAGGCAACUGAAGCCCCGAGAGAAUCAUUUGUAGGGUGUGGGGUCACAAGGAUAUGUGGUCCUGCCCUCGCUGGCUGGAUGCUGUGGAAUCUUAGAGCUGCCGCUGGUGAGCAGGGCGCUGGAGGAGUUCCCAGAGAUGUGGAUCCAUACCACUGGUGGAGUUCUCCCUUAUAUGAGCACAAGACCACUUCCUGCCUAGAGAGUGCUGAGGGCAGGAUGCUUACAAGAGAAGCCUGCACCAUUUUCAUAGCAGGGAGUGGUGUGGCAUGACUGGGUGCAGCCCUUGCUCUAUCAGAAUCCCAAGGCAUAGGGAAGGAAUGGAGAACUUUGGUACCGCUGGCUCAGCAGGAAGGAAUACAGAGAAGAGGAAAGGCAGGAGCUCUGAGGCCAUCCUGAGUCUUGAACAUAAACCUAUGGAAAGAACCAAAAGGAGCCACGGCUGCCUCUCUCACAGGGAGUUCUGGGGGACAGAGUGGGUAGGGGUAAACCAAAACACCACGCCAAGAAACACAGGAACCACCAAUAACAUAGAACCAGAUUUAGUAAGAACAAGUCCAGAGGUGAUGCUCCGUCACUGUCUAUUACAUCAAAUAACUCCUGCCAUCUCUUCUGGGUCCACUUCCUUGCUUCCAAUACCAGACAGCCAGACCCAGCAGAUCAAGGGGAGGGGAGUGUCCUAGAAUGAGGCAUGCUCCUCCCCAUCGCUUUUAUGAUGCCAGAGGGGUUAUAAACAGACAAGAGCAACCCUGGUACCCUCCCGACCCCACGUCUUCAGAUCCACAAGCCUGGCUGACCCUGGAGGCGGAGAAAGAGAUAAGAUGUAAAUUGGAUAUGACAGCAGAGACUUAAACUGGACCAACUUCUGAAAACAGAAACUGACCAGAAAUCUACGUGACCUGUCCCAGACAUGAAGCGUGAGAAAACCGGAAUUUGGCAGAACAUAGUGAAAGCUGUGAGCAUGGCAUUAGUUUUCUAGGGCUGACAUAACAAAGUACCACAAACUGCAUGACUUAAAACAAUGAAAUAUGUUGUCUCACAGUGAAGAAAUCUGAAAUUAAUGUGUCAGCAGUGCCAUGUUCUCGGAAAUCUGUGGGACAGAAUUCUUCUUUGCCUUUUCUGGGUUUUGGUGUUCGUCAGAAAUCCUUGGCAUUCCUUGGCUUGGAGAUGCAUCACUCCAGUCUCUGCCUCCAUAAUCACUUGGCUGUCUUCAUCGUCUUCCUUCUGUGCACGUCUGUCUACCCAAAUUUGCAUUGUCUUGUGAGGACAGCACUCAUGUCGGCUCAGGCCCACUCUAAUGGCCUCAUCUUACUUGGAUUACAUCUGCACAGACCCUAUUUCUAAAUCAAGUCACAUUCACAGGUACCAAGGUUUUGGACUUUAAUGUAUCUUUUUUUGCAGACACGGUUUAACCUAUAGCACUGUGAUUGGGGAAAACAAAAUGUUUUCUUUUUGCACCCCAUAAUAUAAUCAAAGGUUUAUACCAGCUAUUACACUCAUAUUGUUUGAUUAAAAUCAGUCAUGCUUGCUUUAAAGUGUUUUAUUCUUUUACUUGUAGCAAUCUUCCCUUUUAAUGGUGAUUAGUUAGUCUUUUUGCCACUUUAGUUACCUUUGUUUCAAAGGAUUUUUUGAGUGCGCUAAUCCAUUAAAGUUUGCAUUAGGCUGAUUUGCAUUCCAUUUACCAGUGGAAUUUUUCACUCUGAUAUUAAUAUUAAUAUAGCAAUUUAGUACAAGUGUUAAGAGCUAGUGAUAAAAUUGUCAUCAUGAAGCAGAGAGCAAACCUGAAAUAUAUUAAAUACCUGGAAUUUGGACCUAGAAUCUCCAACGCUGUCCUAGAAGAUUAAAUAAAUUCUAGAUGAGAGGUAACAGCUUUAUCCUCUUGGGCUACCAGAGAUGAGUACCAACCAUUCAUGCUUAUAGCUUAAGUAACUGGAAACCAAUUCAGGUCUUUUUUUAAAAUAUGGAUUGUAAUUUUUGUUGAUUCUGCCAGAUAUUGACAAAAUAAAUGAGACCUCCAUUUAAAGAAUUUUAUAGAUAGAAUGCUAUUUAUCUCACAGAUCCUAGGAGCAGAGCUCUAAGACUAUGAUUUUAAAAUUCCAGUCCUCUGGUGAGGUGACAUUCAAGUUUAACUAAAGAGUUCCUCUUUUUGGCAGGCUUUAGUAAAGCUCUCUAAAUUUUAGAAUAUGUUACUGUUUUUUUCUCCUUCUACAAAAGCCUGCAACUCCCACAAUCACCUUUCUUUAGUUUUAAAGAUUGAGCUCUUCUGUUAUACCCAGAAGAGCAGCCACAAGCUAAACCUAAUCCACAUCCCUUCCUCAAUUCAAAUUCUGAGUAAUGAGACUCUCACAGACCAUGAUGUCUCCAGUUGGUGUUGGGCACCAAAUACCCUGAAGCUUGAUUAAUUGGAUUCGAAAUGGCUGGCUCUCUCUAAGGUCACCUUCAUUCUUUUGGAAUACGUUGUGUGUGGAAUCAAUGAGGCAUCAAUCUUCUAACCAAACAAAUGGCCUGCAAAAUUAUACUUGUAUCCAUUUUAUUUUAUGAGAGUGAGACAGGCCACUGCUAUCCUAUUUGUCUUCUUGACAAGUUCUAGCUGCACAGCUUCAGUUCCACGUGUCAAAUGUCAGUUAGUAGAGGUAUGUGUCACCAAUCAAGGGACUCCAAGGAACAGAUGGUGCCUUGAAAGUCAUGCUCACAAAGAUUUAUAUAGAAAGAUGUUCAUCACGACAUUAUUUUUAAUAGCAAAAAAUGACAGAGUCUAAAUGUCCAAUAAUAAAUUAUGGCCCCUCCAUAUGAUGGGACAGUAUGAGACCACUGACAAGCAUCUUUUAAAAAAAGAUAGGAAAGGACAUAAUAAAAGAUGACAAACCAGGUUACAAUACUAUAUAUAAUUACAGCUAUGUAAAUUGUGUGUGUACGAAAGCCUUUAAAAACAACGAUCGGGAGAACAAAUCUCUGGAAUUUAGAGUUAUUUUCAUUUCCUUAUUUAUAUUUUUCUGUACUUCUAGAUUUUCUACAAUCAGCAGGCAUUUUUUUUUUUUUGAAUAAUUGGGCAUGAAAACUCAUCCUAAAAAUUUUUGCUUCUACUUAGGUGAAAAGAACAGAUAGCUAAUUCUGCUUGUAUAGACACACUGAUGACAAAUUGGCCUUGGAGUUCAAGCCAGCCUCAUUGGUCUAGACCUGCCCACACGAGGCAGGUAGUAGCUUUCAGCCAGCCAUGUAAGCCACACAUGCAUUCAUUCAUUCAUUCACAAGCAUUUUCUGAAUACCUGCUAAGCCACAGGAGUUAGGUCUAUAAUCAUGCAGAGAUUUUUGGAGAGGUUUAUGGUAUACUGGGCAGAUUUUAAAGGUAUACUUAAACCAGUAUUACACAAAAUAGAAAGCAUUGAGUUACUAUUAAAAACUUACAGGUACCGAUAACAUCCUUAGGAAAUAAAAAAACUGGACAGUUUAACAAAAUAAAAUUGAGCCUAAAUUCUCAAAGUUUGAUAACAGUUGGAGAUACUGAGUAGCUGUUUGAACAUGGACUGAGUUCUUCUGAGACUCAGUUUCCUCUUGUGAAAAUAGGGACAAUACCAGUCAACUCAUUCUAUUUGUUCUGAGGAUUGGCAAUAUAUAUAUAUUGCAACUACUAAAGAGCCUAGAAUAAAAUGUGCAUUCAACUACUUGGGUGUUAUCAUUUAAUGCCGAUGGAGAAGAGUGACUGGACUUCACCUCUUAUUUCCCACCACAUGAGACACUUCCUCUAUCGUCAAUCUUGUCUUGAAGCCCAAUUUAUUCAGGAGCCCAUGGAUUUGCUUAGCGUGUUCAAGAGAGAGAGAUGGCUGGAGUAUUCAGACUCCACAUCUAACUAAGCUGAUGAAAUGUGCGUGUUCACUGUGCUCAUGCAGGCGUGACCACAAUGAUCAACAUCAGCCAUAAAUGUUUUAAGUUCUCUUUGGAAUGAAUCACCCUUCAUGCCAAAUAAAUGGAGGUGGCCCAGUGUUUACAAUUGAAAACCUGACAAUCUGUGAUAUCAAAGCAAUAUGAACAGAAGAUCCAUAAAUAGAAAGUGAAGAGCAAAUUCAACUGGGUAGCUGGAAAUAACACUCGAAGGAUUGCUUGCUUAACCACCCUUGCAUGAUGGAACAACAUAGUGGAUUUGGAAAGACUACAUUUUACCUAAAACAUGAGGGUAAAGCCAUAUCACAGUUCAAAGCCAGGAGACCGGAAUUUGUCUCCUCCAUGAAGCUGUAUUUGUAAUAACACCAGGAUCUAAAGCACCACCCUAACUGAAACAUCUCCAUUUUGUUUAUAACAACUGAAAACUAAUUCUUGCUUUGGGACUUGUCUCCUCUUCUACCAAAAGGCAGUGAUUCACACUGGUACAUCUUUGCAAUUGUCAAAAGUGCUACUCACCAGUGUGGCUGGCUCUCCAUCUCCCAGGGACCUGGUAGGAUCAUACUUCUUGGCUCCUGUGGGUUGGGGCACCACGUAAUUGGUUCUGACUAAUGAAAUGGGAGCAGGAGUACAUGUUUAGCUUCUGGACAAAAUGUAAUUGUUGGCAUGAAGAUUCUCCAAAGGCCCGCCUUUCACUGUGGCACAUUUGAAAUGGUGACUGCUCCAUCAACUUGAGUCUCUGAGUCACUAACAUGAGCAGAGUCCUCUAGUCUAGAGAACUCUGUCAAACUUCUGUGGGUAUGUGGCAUGAGCAAAAAGUAAACCUUUCUGAGAUUUGGGGGUGGUUUAUUUGUUACAUUAUGACCUAUCCUACCUGUCUGUCUAUAAGUGUAACAAAUGACAUGAUGACAUUAGAUGCUGAUCUCUUUCAUGUCCCCAAAUUACAUUCCAGAACACUUUCAGCUUUCUAUGGGCAUUAUUGAGUAAAUAGGAAUUGCUAUUGCUUUGAACAUGGCCUAUAAUCAUUACUAUGCUUGGGAAAAAAUACAGAAAUAAAUUAAAAUUAGAAAAAGGGAAUGAUUAAGUUUAGUUCUUAAAUACAUUCUUAAUUGCAUCCAUAAUUUUAUAGAGAAAUUGAUUAGUGGAAAAUUAAAGUGACAAAGACCAAAUAAAUCUUGUAUAGAGAGUUUACCUGCUAGUACUAAAAAGAAACGUAAAUGCAAAAAUGGUGAACCCUUUUCUAAGAAACUCAUUAUAUUUGGAUAGUUUUAUAAAAUGUUAGAAACAUUUACUAUUUUAAAAAGCAUUUCAAAGUUAAUUAAAUCUGCUUCAUAUUUCUUGAUUACCAAAUUAUUCCUAUUAUAUUUCACACAAAUUGCUUAUCAAAACUGCAUUCUAAAGAACUUCAGGCAUUUAUAAAGAUGCAUAUAUACAAAAAUGGAUUCUUCGUUCCAAUUUCUAACACUGGGAUAUAGCUUAAAAUCUAACUACUAUAUUGUAGCAAGUACUAUUUAUUACCUCUCCCUCUCCCCACCUCCCAAAAUCUAUUCAUCCCCCUGUCAAUGGCCACUAUUUCACAAGAGGCUGGUCCCAAUUCCAACACCAGACCCAAAAAUUAAAUUGCAAUUGGUUUAAGUCAAUCGGGGGUGUCCCAUUUCCCUUCCCCAUGUGGUUUAGACGGUGCAGGUGAUGCAAGUCUGAUGAACAAGAGGUGAGGAGCAUCUUUUGGAAGGCUUCUUAGAAGGACUUUCUCACUCUUCAAGAGUUCACAGGAAGAGAUGAUCUCUUCUAAAUGUUGCCAAGUCUGAAUGUGAUGCUUGAAAUUGCUGCAGCCAUCUUGCCACCUUGAGAGGAUUU